AUAUAGGGUACAUGAGCACCCGUGCUCAUGGGAUGACAUCAGCCAUGGCCAUGUCGACUGCGCCGCAGCUUUGAUGCCUGCCAUCGAGUUAACUCUAGCUGCCAUUGAGCAGGCCUUGUCACAGGAAAUCCAGCGGCGCAUUGACUUGGAAACCCGCAUCGCGGGCCAGGUGGAAGCUGGCCUUCGACAAGCGGCGCGCCGCGCCACAGGAGUUGUAGAGGAGCAGCUGGCCACGGCGCAGCGGCAGCACGCAGAGGAGCUAAGGCUCCGGCUGUCGGCUCUUGAACGCUCGGUGGGCUCCCUUCAGCGGCAAUCGACUCCAAAGGAUGGCUCUCCGACCACGGCUCCCGGGACUUUCGAGCGGCAGCUCAGCUGGUUGGAGUCCCGCAUCACCGGGCUGGAGCAGCUCUUCCAGAAGCCCUUGGAGAUGCUUCCCUUAGAGGUCGCCCGGCAAUUGCAGCUCAUUCGUGGUGAGCUCUUCGAGGAAGCGGCGUCCAGGCGGUCCGUGAGCUACGGCCGGGGUCCCUUCCCUUUCCGGUUUGUACCGGAAGAUAGAACACGAGCGCCAGCUGUCUAGGAGGGUGGUUGAAAAGGGGUCAAGGUAGGGCAUGUAAAUGCAUGUAUUGGUGCAUGAAAUAUCAGUUAUCAUCAAUGUAACUAUUCCAUACAUGGAGUGCCUGGCUUUCAUAACCAGCACCUGGGGAACCCCACCGAACGAAUCAUACGUUUGGGGCCUACCAGGUGCGGUGCACUCAACUGACACGAAGUAAAUAGGUCCCUGCACCACAAGCAGGGUCCAGGGUGCUGGGGGAUCUCUC